AUGCUCAGCCCCCAAGCCGUACAAGCACUCCAAAGGAUGCGCCAAGCACCAGUCGCAACAGUCGCCACAGUUGCUCGCCUUUCCAUUCCCCCUGCUGCUCACCUCCGGCUAGAAUUAUCGACUCCACCCGAGGAAAGCAACGCACAGACGCGCACCUCUGCAGCAGCGACACCUCCUGAUGCUACUAAGGCUGCCGCUGCCGCUUCGCAGGCUGUAGCUUCUUCCAAUGCCGCAGCGAAAGCCUCCGCUGCAGCGAGUGCCUCUGAAGCAGCGGAUGCCUCUGCUGCAGCGAAAGCCUCCGCUGCAGCGAGUGCCUCUGAAGCAGCGGAUGCCUCUGCUUUCGAGGCCGUUGCUUCUGCUGCAGCAAGUGCUUCUGUUGGAGCAAGUGCUGGCAGCAGCUCUCCUCCUACGACUUUCGAGGCACUGCACGAGCCGCUCACGCCUGCCUGCUUGCGUUGCAGGGAUGGUAACGGCAGCAACCCCCACCAGGGAGGGAGCAAUCGGAGUAGCUCGAUCGCCUCGGACUUCAAGCCACAAAACUGCGGCGCAAGAGAAGAAGCAGCGGCAACAAAAGCACCAAUACUCGUAUUGCAGAAUCAAGACACACACAGACAGAAGUGCAGCCAUCCGCCACAUCUUGCCGUCGCUGCGGUGGUUGCAGCCCCUGCCGCUCUAGAGAUCGCGAAGACACGUGGUGCCGCUGUAGCUACACCUGCGGAGCUGCUGCCUGCAGCGGGAGUGGCAGACGCGACGGCAGGCGCUGCAACUUCUGCUGCUCGGAGGGCAGCGGCCCCUGCAGUGUUACUUUGGCCGCGGCAUUGCUGCUGCUGCUGCAUCCGCAGCCACAGUACACCAGCGUUCAAGAGCCGCGCAGCACCAGAGCGUCUGGAGGAAACCUUUGAGUCCGCUGCUCCAACUGCGGUUAUUGGCGCUGUUGCUGUUGCCAAAUAUACACGCGAAGACAAAGGCGCAACGGCGAAGCAGCAGACAGGGUUUCGACAGACAGAGGGAGACCCCAGCUCCACCUUUGCCGCCGCAUGUCAACGGACGGUGGCUUGUUGCCCUGAAGCAGCAGCUACUCCAAACACCCACUACUGUGCUGCGCCGUCAGGCAAGAUCCAAAUCGCGGUUUCACUCCUCCGCGGCCACCAACACCCCUCACCCUUCUUGAACCUAAAUCUUCAGUGUCGUGUGCAUGCGCCUCGUAUCAAGUGUCAUCCUCUCAGAAGACGAAAGCCCCGACAGGCUGGUCUGGACUAUUCGGCGGAUCGCGCCAAUGAAGGUCCACUACCAGACACAGACCACGAGAAAUGCAGAGGUGCUGCUGCUGCUGCUACUGCUGCUGUUCUUCGGGCGAAACUACACUUUGGCAGUUUCCACUACACUAAUUACAGUUUAGCUAGAACUGAUAGACAAAUGGUUCCAUGGAUUGGCUGUUCCUAUCUUGUAUUUGCUCGUGGGGGUUCAGCUCGGCACUACAAGACACAAUGUGAUGAGCGUGUGCCGGUUACUCGCCCAUCCACUGGCUGUGGAUGCAGUGGCCCAAAACAGCUCAGUCUCGAUCGAAACAUUACGCAAUUCUAUAAGUUGGUUUCCAUCAGCAGAACGGAGGAGGGAAAGUCUCCAACUGUCAGACUACACAACGCAUUUUCGGGUGGCAAAGGUGGCCUACAAGCUGAGGUAAAUGCAGUGUGGCCCCCAGCUGGUAAAACGCCAUGA